CCACCCCCGUGCUGAGCUGGAAAAUGGCUGAGCUUAGGGACAGGCAGUUAUGAACAGAAGCUCUGCGCAGUUCACUGUUAAAUCAGAGCUGCUGUAGAUUCUCACCCACCGAGGAAACUGGAGCUGUCUGCCGGGAGCCGCACACUUCCUCACGGAGGCUUUAACUCCGAUGAAGCGCCGCUGCAGAGAGAGGUCAGUCGUCAAUCCUUCCCGUUAAUUUGAACGCAUUCGAAGGAACUACGGAGCUUUCCGCUCCACGUUUUCCUCCCAACUUAGACGUCUGUUUGGAGCGUGGAGAUCCAGCGACGCCAUCCUUCACCACAGCAACCAAAGCAGUGCCGGAGUUGAGUUUUUUUUGAAGGAGCAUGUUGCCGACGCUCUCCCUCUGCUCCAUCAUUUGGCUUAACCGGGGUAUCAAGCUGAGGAAAGUGCAGGGGCGCAGCAACACCAGUCAGCUCUGAAGCUGCUGCUGCCACCUCCCCGUUACAGCAGCUCUCUUAUGAAGCGGUAAAAAUGCUUCUAAGCUUUGGGUGACUUGCUCCUCCUUCAGUCUAGACACCAACAGCACCUUCCAGUGACUCCGCUCCAGCUUCAGUUUCUUUAAAGACCAAGCGGUUAUCAAAAAAGGAACUCAUCUGCUCUACAAAAUGGCGGCCGAGGGUUUCCAGUACCGUGCCCUCUACUGGUUCACCAAGGACCAGGAGGAGGACUUGGAUCUCCAGCCAGGAGACCUCCUGACUGUCAGCAAGGCCUCUCUGGUGUCGAUGCUGACCUACGAGGAGGGCUGUGAGGAGCACCCGCAGCGUCUAGGCUGGCUCCUAGGGUACAACAAACGCACCAAACAGAGAGGCGACUUCCCAGGAACGUUCGUGGAGUUUGUUGGCCCGGUUAAAAUGGCCCACCCAUCGAGUCAACCAAGGUCCCGGCGGCCUCUCCCUGCUGCUCCCGUUCCAGAAUCGUCUCAUGCUGUUCCUGUGCCAGAGCUCACUGAGCAGUUCACACCACCAGAGACGGCUCCCCCAGCCCUCAUCAGCCUGAUCCAAGCCUUAGAACACAGAGGUCUGGACAGCAAAACCUUGUACAGAAGAGAAAGCCCCUCAGACGGCUCUGUGUACACUCUGAGCACCGAAGGCGAUGCUGCUCAGGGCGACGUCGCUUCCUUGUCUGAGAGUAUCCUGAGCUACCUGAGAGACCUCCCAUCACCUCUCAUCCCUGAAUGCAUCUAUCCGCAACUUCAAGCCGCCAUCUUGCAGCAGUCAGGAGAAGGAGCUGUUGCUGCGGGUCAUGACAGAGAGGUCAGCCGUGUUCUGGAGAACUCUACGGAGGUGCCUCUUCAUCAUCGCCUCACCCUGCAGUACCUCUUCACACACCUGACCAAGGUGGCCCAGGCUUGGGCCAGCAACGGCCUGGACGCUCACACUCUGGGGAAGGUUUUUGGACCCCUUCUGAUUCGGACGGCCCCCUCUGCCCCGGGGUCUUCAUCGGAGGAGGACUUCCCCAGCCUAGUGGUGGAGAGGCUGCUGGUAGAGAGAACCGCACAGCAGGACCUUCCUCCUCCCGUUCUUCCAGCAAAGCCAAUCAAAUCCAAAUUAACUCCAUCAGAGAUGACAGAUACAAGCAGCCUGUUGAACGAUGCAGAGUGGUACUGGGGAGAUAUUUCCAGAGAGGAGGUGAACGAGAAGUUACGAGACACUCCAGAUGGGACCUUUUUGGUGCGAGACGCCUCCAGUAAGCUGGAGGGCGAAUACACGCUGACUCUGAGGAAAGGAGGGAACAACAAGUUGAUCAAGAUUUAUCACCAGGAGGGUCGUUACGGGUUCUCAGAGCCUCUAACCUUCCGGUCUGUGGUGGAGCUCAUCAAUCACUACCGCCACGAGUCUCUGGCUCAAUACAACGCCAAGCUGGACACCAAGCUUCUCAACCCCAUCUCCAAAUUCCAGCAGGUGGUUAAGGAGAACAGCAUAGAGGAAGUCGGAGAGCAGCUCAAGGUCUAUCAUGAGCAGUACCAGGAGAAGAGCCGCGAGUACGACUCUCUGUACGAGGAGUACACACGCACCUCACAGGAGCUGCAGAUGAAGCGAACAGCCAUCGAAGCUUUCAAUGAAACCAUCAAGAUCUUUGAAGAGCAGUUUGAGACUCAGGAGAAAUACAGCAGAGAGUCUUUGGAGCGAUUCCAGCGGGAGGGCAACGAGAAGGAAAUUCAGAAGAUCCAGAACAACUCUGAGCGUUUAAGGUCCCGUGUGAAAGAGAUUCAUGACAGCAAACGUAAACUGGAGCAAGACCUGAAAGAGCAGGUGUCUGACAACAGGGAGAUCGACAAGAAGAUGAACAGCCUGAAGCCGGAUCUCAUGCAGCUUCGCAAAAUCAGGGACCAGUACUUGAUAUGGUUGACGCAGAAAGGAACGAGGCAGAAGAAGAUCAACGAAUGGCUGGGCAUAAAGAACGACGCCGAUGACUCCUACUCUCUGGACGAAGAUGAAAGCUCACCUCACCAUGAUGAGUGCACGUGGUACGUUGGCGACAUCAGACGCACACAGGCUGAGGAAAUGUUGAGAGGCAAAUGCGAUGGAACAUUUCUCAUCCGAGAGAGCCAAUCCCAGAAGGGCUCUUACGCCUGUUCUGUUGUCGUCGACGGCGACACCAAGCACUGUGUCAUCUACAAGACGUCCACAGGCUAUGGAUUCGCUGAGCCUUACAACCUCUACGCGUCUCUCAGAGUGCUGGUGCUCCACUACAAAAACGUCUCCUUGGCCCAACACAACGACCAGCUGAAUGUAAACCUAGCCUACCCGGUGUUGGCCCGCUCCCAGAACCAGAAGUAGAACCAGCAUGAAUAUUGUAACCAGCAGGUGAUGGGGUACCAAACCUCUGUAAACUGUGUCGGGUGAGAAGCGCUCACCGUCUCUGUUUUAAAGAAAAAAGUUUAUUUUAUUUUUUUUUGGUUUGGGCCUGAUGUAUCAAUUCUGACUCCUGGAUAGGUACCGAAACAUCUGCCUUUUAAUUUAAGCCUGUUGUGGUUGGCAUGACCUGAAUGACUUAGAAUUUACACAGGCCUGAUAUAUUAACUAACUUUACCCCGGUCCUUUAAAGCCUGGCAUACCCUGUGCGAUAUAUUACUGGGAAGAAGAAGAAGAAGAAGUCCCUUGUUUGUUGGUAAAUCGGCUCGUAGCUCAGCUUCAACAGCAGGAUUUGCCCACGAACGCCUCACAACGGCCGACUGAAAUUCAAACAUGUUUGAUUUUCUCCCGACCUUAAGAUUCCUGAUCAGGAGGUGGUCGUUAGAGGCUAACCCCUCGUUACCCCCUGUAUACAACACAACGCACGAUCAGGCCGAAAGUCGUCACCUUCGAAAAAAGUCCUGGCACGACCGCAGAAUCGUGUUUGUUUAUCUUACAGCGUAUGCCCGGCUUAAAGGAACCUCUUUGAUAGAAAACCUGGCCUAGCAAUAAGCACACCACUACUGAUCCAGGUACUUAAUCCGAAAUGAUCAAAGUCAGCCUCUACAUCAGGCUGAAACAAUCCUACUGUGUCAAGUAUAAGUAAAAAACAAAGACAUAGAAGUUAGAUUGUUAAAGGAAGACGAAAAAAGCACAAAUGAGUCUUUUAAGACUGCACAAAAAAAACAGAAAGAACACGUUGUGAAGACAAUUAGAAGACUUUUGUUUGUUUUUUUUUGUUUUUUUACAAAAUAUUUGUCCUUAAACUCUGUAUAAACCAACCCUAGACUUUCAACAAACUACUCAGAAACACAAGUUGUGGUUUUUAAAUCCCCAACAGAAGGUUAGGGGUUUGGAUUUAGGGCUUUUUAAAGAGUCAAAAUAAAAUGAUAGCUUGACGCAAAUUCUUAAAGAAGCACCACAGGGUUAACUUUUAGUGACCGUCGGCGUCUGUUACUUUAGAUUUUAAGGGUUGAAAUGCACAGAUAUCAACGUGGGGAACGCUAAGCUUUAAAAUGUACAUGCAGGUCUAUUGUUUUAUAGAAUCAGUCAUUUCCAACUGCUUCGUUGCGUUGCUUCCUCUCUGGGUCUCUUUUUUUGAACCAAUGGGAGGAAGAUCAGCACAUGUUGUAUAGAAGCAAAUGCAAGGUACAUAUUCUGUGUAUUGUCAGGAAAAAAAAAAUCCAUAGUUUGAAUCACAGUAUACUAGAUUGCAGGUCUAUUACAAACCUAGGUCAUAUUUUUUAUUUAUUUUUUUCUUUAUAUUACCAUAGCACCCGUAGCUAGUGACACGCAGCACUGUUAUUGCUCUUCUCAUGUGUGUUAUUUCACUUUGGUACUGCCGCUCGUCGGCUAGCCGCUUCUCUGAUUCUCUCUUCGGUACUAGCAUAGUUAUUUUUCUUCUGAGAUAAAUGUUUGCUUUCGUUUCUUUAACGCUUUGUUUCGGAUGGUACUUUGUGACUCAGAGACCUGUAGAGCAUUAAUGUGCAAAAAAGAGAAAAGAAGGCAGUAAUAUAUGUGGUGUAAAGUAUAUCUUAGACACACAUGCUGUAGGCGUACGCGACUUUCAGAGUUUCUUUGGUUCUGUUCGAAGGAUGCGGACGAUUUAUCAAAUGUGAGCCCAGAGAAGGAUUGUUCUCUCUCAGCUCGUCCUUCUGCCGUUCAGUACGGAGAUUACCGUUUGAGUUGUUGCUUUGUUAUUUGAAAAGAGCGGUUGAAAAUCCGCUGAUUUGUAGUACUUUGGUCCUGGUGUGGUCCUAAAAACACACUAAAUGCAUACAGCACAAGUUCCUGAAUCUUUAGGUUAUGGCGUCUGUGCUGUGUUGGGGCAGUGAUCUCUAUGGGCUACGUUCACAACACAGGUCUUGAUGCUCGAUUCCAAAUUUUUUAUUUAUUUAUUUUUUUGCUCAAAUAAGCUUUUCAUACGACUCAAUAAACUCGACCGCCAUUAAUAAACUCAGACUGCUGUCUGAA